UCGCUUGGGCUUGAAGACAGGGGUGUCUCGCUGACGCAGCAAACAGGGGAAAAAAAACCAACAAUUCACUUUAAAGAGUAAGUGUAAGGGCAGUUGUCUUCAAGCUGGAGCGGUAAGAAAGAAACUCGUGGGUGUAGCAGGAUCUAUUCGAACAUGCGGCCGCGAAAGUGAGACCUCUCGUAGCAGUUGUCGUCUUGACCUAGGAUAAUAGAACGUUACCGAGAGUCAGUGGCCAGAAGUCUUUCUGGUGGACGGAAUUCGUGUCUUGAGACCGCACUGUUCUGAAAGAAGCUCAGCAGAAGCCUAUCUACCAGCCAUGAAUUCUAACACAGGAACAUUCACCAUCAACGUUAACAAGACCAUGAGCUGGAACCCCAUCACCCUCGUAACUCAAGUCCAAGAAUGGGGCGACCCCAGAACUCGCGACUAUCCUCUAGUCAUGAACCCCAUGUUCGUCUUUCCACUCAUCCUCUUCUACCUAUACUUCGUCAAGAUUCUCGGUCCACGUUGGAUGAAAGACCGGCCUCCAUUCGAGAUAACCAAUCUCAUCCGCUUCUACAACCUCGCAAUGGUCGUACUCAAUGCCAAGUUCUGCUACAUUGUGCUGUACGAGACGUACCUGCCCACUGGCCGCUACAGCCUAUGGUGCCAGGGCAUCACCGGCUACAUGGACGAGCGACUGGAACAACAAUACCGCAACGGGUGGUGGUACAUAGCCGUGAGGUACGCCGACCUUUUGGACACCGUCUUCUUCGUGCUGCGCAAGAAGUUCAACCAGAUCACGCACCUCCACGUCAUUCACCACACCAUCGUGGCGGUAAACUGCUGGUUCUGGGUGCUGUACGCCCCGGAAGGUCAACCCGCAUUGGGCCUUGCCAUAAACGCGUUCGUCCACGUGGUCAUGUACACCUACUACUUCCUGGCCACACUGGGACCGUCGGUGCAAAAGUAUCUGUGGUGGAAAAAGUAUCUGACCACGUUGCAGAUUGUGCAGUUCGUCAUAUUCCUGGUGCACAUGUCGAUUCCCCUGUUCGUGGACUGCGGCUUCCCGCGUCACCUUAUUCAUGUAGCGAACGCGCAGACCGUACUGGUGCUGACCUUGUUUGUCAACUUCUACAUCAAGUCGUACAUGCGGGAAAAGGAAAACACAGCGCUGAGAAGGGCAAAGGCGGCGGCAAAGUACGAUGGAGCGGCAAGCGGAGACGCUCGAACUGAGACGUCAGCAAACAGCUCGAACGGCAAGAAAAGUCAAUAAGUUGGUACUGCUUUAGCGAAAUUAGAGUUACAGGUGUACGCACAAGCGCGGAAAAGGGGUAAGCAAGAUGGUAAGAUGUGCCGAAACCUUUUCUAAAAAAAAGUGUACAGGAAUCGUUCCUGGUGGCCAUAGGUGCUGCUUGGCACAACGCUGAGACUGUGAUAUACAGUAUAGCUCUCAAGCUCGAUCGCUGUGCUGUGUGGGCGCGUUUUUUGCAGUUAUCCUGCGGUGUUUCGAUUUAGCAGUGCUCUGGAGACCGGGCCCAAUGUUCACAUUCAGUUCUGAAGAUGAACGAAAAAGUGUGCUGGGAACUUUGUGAAAAAGGCGACAACCGGGGACUCUCAUAAAAUACUGUUUCCAGGUGCGUGCUCGCAGGUUUCAUGCGAAUGGUCACGUACUUACCACCUACACACCUGCCUCCACUUUAACACACUAACUGGGAACUAACACACCUCUGUAGUAUGUCAAUGUUAUGGCUAAUAAAAGUGUGCGUUGGAUAACGAAUAACAAACAAACUAAAAAGUUUAUGCUCUAGGUUGCUGCUCUAAAGAGCAACAAGACUGGACAUGUUUUGUUUUGUUUAAUAGGAAAACUGCCUCAUACCUACGAGGGGUAUUGGCUCCGUUUCAUAUUAUAAGGAAAAUGCAUGAAGAAGAAUCAAAGCGAUACUAAAGGCUACAGAACAUAAAAAAGAGAUAGUAUGAAACUGGAUGUAAAUAAUAUUGUAGAGUGAAUGUUCGAAGAGAAACAAAUAAAAAGAAUUGGUAAAAAAAAGUUUCCUGUGGUCGGACGCACUUACAGCGUAGUCUUCGGGAUGCUUCAAGGAAUUUGUGUAGCGCAGUCAGAAUAGCGCUGCGGCUUGCACAAAGGGCAUUUGUUCUAAAAGACGACAGGUUUGAUGUAGUGAGUGUUAAGCCCGGCUUACCAGUCAGAAUUUCAAGAAACAAUCUGUGGAGGCAGGCAAAGCGGCGGCAUGAGAGAAGAAAGUGAUGCAUAUAUAUAUGUAUGAAUAAGUGGCUGCACGUUGCCUUUCGCUCCACGUGCCCUUGUCAUCGUCUGUUUGUCUCUGCCGAUAUAGGCACCGGCAGGUCUAAUUGUGCGACUUUAUGGAGUGAUAGCUUGGGCGAGUUGGUGAUUGAAUAUCGACGUGACUUUGCGCAGCGCGAAUUGAACGCGGGCAGGAGAGGGGACACAACA